GGCGGAAUGACGUCAUAAGCCGGCGCCACUCUUGAGCUGCGAUUCUCACUUUGUAAUUCAACUGGAGAAAGGAUAAAGUGUCCAAACGCAGAGGAAAAACUCCUGCUGAAGCGACUGAUCUCCACACUGUUAUAAAGAUGGCGUUUAUUAAAGAGGAGAGUGAAGAUCUGAAGAUUGAAGACACAUUCACAGUCAAACAGGAAGAUCUGCAGGAACAAACAGAGCUGAUGGUGCUGAAAGAAGAGGCUGAUGAACUAGAUGAAAGGAAAGAGAAACACCAAGACACAACGACUGAUGAAAAACCCACACUAGCUAAAAAGACUCCAUCACGCGGGAGACCUCGGAAAUCCAAAUCUGAGUGUAACUUCACUUGUCGUCAAUGCGGAAACGGUUUCAAUCGGAAACAAAACCUUCAAGUCCACAUGAGAAUUCACACCGGGGAGAAACCUUACACCUGUGAACAGUGCGGGAAGAGUUUCUGCCAAAAGCCAAACCUUAAAAUUCACAUGAGAGUUCACACAGGCGAGAAACCUUACACCUGUGAACGGUGUGGAAAGAGUUUUGCUAAAAUUCAUGGCUUCAAAGCCCACAUGAGAAUUCACACCGGAGAGAGGCCGUACACAUGCCAGCAGUGUGGGAAAGGCUUCUAUCAUACGGGAAACUUAGCAGUGCACAUGAGAACUCACACUGGGGAGGAGCCAUACUCCUGCCGUCAGUGCGGAAAGGGUUUUAAGCAGAAUUGCAACCUUGAAGUCCACAUGAGAACUCACAAUGGAGGGAGAACAUUCACUUGCACACAGUGUGGGAAAGGUUUUCCUCAAAAACAAAACCUUGUUAUCCACAUGAGGACUCACACUGGAGAGAAACCUUACAUAUGCACAGAGUGCAGUAGAGGUUUCAUAUGUAAGAGCACGCUCAAAUACCACAUGAUAAGUCACGCCGGAGAGAAGCCGUUUGUAUGUUCUCAGUGUGGAAAGAGCUUCACAACCAAAGCUAGCCUCAUGAACCACACGAAUGGUCACACCGGAACCAUCGUGUUCACAUGUGAUCAGUGUGGAAAGAGUCUCACACGUAAAGACUCCAUUAAGCAACACGUGAGAAAUCACUCAAGAGAGCAGCGUUUUCGAUGCAGAGAGUGUGGAAAGGACUUUAAACAUAAACGAAGCCUCAGCACUCAUAUGAAGCUUCACAAUGGAGAGCAGAGUGCUUAAAGUUGAGGCCUUGUCCACAAAGACGCGGGUGUAUUCAAGGUAAGUUAGUGAGAAUGAAACCCUUCGAACACCUGAAGAUUUAAACUCGAUAACUGAAAAGGGGGAAGAUUUUUAGUAACUGUUUUGUAGCGUAGAUCAGGGCUCACAGCCCAGUACCAGGUUGUGAGAGUUGCUACUGGGCUACAAGAACGCAAAAUAACUCCUCCAUAUAUUUGUGCACACUCGCCAAUUGUUCAAAUGGUCGGCUCUGAAAAGAAAAAAGAUUAGGGAGGAGGAAAUAUUCGGGGAGAUGCAGGGAACAAUUAAGGAUUGUUAGUCGAGGACGUUUCCAGAUAAUUAGCAUAACAAAUAUUUGCGUGUCUCAGCAAUAAGUCACCUACCGUUUUUGAUCAUUCACAUUGUUUGAUCGUGUGAACGAGCAUCGAUUUGCCUCCAAUUUUUGGCUUUUUGUCUGUAAUUUCACAAAACCUGUUGGCAAAUGAAACUCUGGGCUAGAACUCGGGAUAAAGCAAUGACCGACUCCCCACAGCCCUGUUUAGACUACACAAAGUCAUUGCCAGUUAUGACAUUGACUGUGUCGGAUUAUGAGAUUUUUUUGAGCAUAUAAAGUCUUGAUGUGAUGUGGGUAACAAAUGAAGAGUUUGGUAUUAAAACGCUAUACAUUUAUUUAGUAUAAUUUGACACAAAAACUUCUUUUUAUCAUAACAAUGAAACUUUCUGUAGGCAAUUUUUUACCUUUUUAGAUCCAUUACGGGAACUCCU